AUUUAAUGCUUAGGAGUCAGUCGUUUUUAAAACAGAAAUCUUUGCUCUCGUUUUGAUUUCAGUAAUUUCAAGUGAAGUGGUCGCUGUGAUGUGUUUAUUGCUCGGUGCAACUGGAGUAGGAAAAACGCUUUUACUGAAGCGACUACAGAAGCUGUGUCAGAUGGGCGCACAGGCGGAUUUGGGUGAAGCGCCCGUCACGCUGCCCACGGUCGGCACCAACCUCACAGACCUCAUACUCCGGAAGAGGAAGAUAACAGUUCGAGAGUUGGGGGGCUGUAUGGGGCCCAUUUGGCCAAGAUACUACUUAGAUUGCAGAUCUGUUAUAUUUGUGGUGGACUGUGCCAACAUUGUCCAGAUCUCGUCGUCUUGUGUCCAGCUGCUGUCUGUUCUCUCUGCGGAGCCGCUGCAGUCUGCUGCUGUACUCGUACUCUUCAACAAGAGGGAUCUUUCUUGCACCAUGUCUCUUGUGGAGCUGAAGUCGUUGUUCAGGAUGGAUGACGUCAUUAGAAGUGCGCCACAGUCGAUCUCAACACUAGAGAUCAGCGCUCGCUCCGGACAGGGCCUUCAGGAGGUGCUCAGCUGGCUGUUUUCAAACCGCUCUCAUGAUACAGGAUAGACGAGUGCAGAGAACUGCGGGCUAAUAUUAAAUCACAAGUCACAGCAAACAAACAUCAGACAAAUGUGAUGUGAAGAUAUACUUGUGAUGUUCAGUCCUCUCAGUGCUGUGUGAGCUCAGCUCGGUGCCACACCACGUUUGUGCAAACACACUAAUUUGAGAAACAGCUGUGGAAAAAUGUAGAACUGGUGGACUUUUGAUGACUGUCAUGUUGUUCCAAACCCGUAUGACUUCCUGUGCUCGGUUUAAAAGUUUAUUUGGAAGAAUUGUUGGGCGGUUCAUCUCCACACAAUAAAAGCUCCACUCUAAGCUCUCAAAUCUCAUGUGUUCCACUGAAGAAAGUAUUGUUUGGAGUAUUGGAAUAUUGCGUUUCUUCAAGUUAAAGAAUCUAAACUAUUAAGCGGCCGUUCA